AUGCCUCAAUCAAAGUUCGAACAUCUGCCCCGUGCAGCGUCGGGGCCUAUCGAAUGCCCCUACGAGGGCACGACACUCAUGCAUAUUGCGUACUACAACAAAGGCUCCGCAUUCCCAGAGGAUGAAAGAAAAGCAUUCAAACUCGAGGGCCUUCUGCCCCCCGGGAUACAAUCGUUGGAGGAGCAAGUAGAAAGGGCCUACCAGCAAUACGCAAGUCGGCCCGAUGACCUGGCCAAAAACACCUUCAUGGCUAGCAUGAAGGCGCAAAACGAAGUGCUAUACUACAAACUUCUACAGGAGCAUCUGAAGGAGAUGUUUAGUGUGAUUUACACUCCGACAGAAGCAGAGGCAAUUCAAAACUAUUCCCGUCUGUUUCGAAAGCCGGAGGGUUGCUUUCUGAAUAUCAAUGCCCAGGACAAGAUUGAAGGAAUCUUGAACAAUCUUGAGGUAGAAGAAGACAUCGAUUACAUCGUUAUACUGGGAAUCGGUGAUCAAGGCGUGGGCGCCAUCUUGAUCUCAACUGCCAAGUUGGCUAUUACGACGGCAUGCGGUGGAAUCCAUCCAUCCAGACAGCUUCCGGUGGUGCUUGACUGUGGAACAAACAACGAGAAAUUGCUCAAUGACCCAUUGUAUUUGGGUCUUCGACAACGACGUGCUCGAGGAAAGGAAUAUGAUGCAUUCGUGGACCAUUUUGUUCACGCUGCAAAGAAGAGAUUUCCCAGGGCAUACAUUCACUUUGAGGAUUUUGGACUGCCAAACGCGAAACGCAUCCUGGAUAAAUACAAGCAGCAGAUACCCUGCUUCAAUGACGAUAUUCAGGGAACAGGUUGCGUUACUCUGGCAGCCUUGAUAACGGGUCUUCAUGUGAGCAAAGUCAAAUUUGACGAUGUUCGAAUUGUCUGUUUCGGUGCUGGAUCAGCCGGUACAGGUAUUGCAGAUCAAAUCAGCGAUGCAAUAGCCACCGAAGCGCAAAAAGAAAAGUCUGAAGCAAUGAAGCAGAUCUGGUGUAUCGAUAAGCCUGGUCUCCUGCUCAAAUCUCAAGGGGAUAAGCUCACACCAGCACAAACCCCCUUCGCAAAAGAUGACAACGAGUGGCCGGAUGGCGAGGGUCUUGAUCUGCUUUCCGUAGUAAAGAGAGUAAAGCCUCAUGUCCUGAUUGGAACUUCGACUCAACCGGGGGCUUUCAGCGAAGAAAUAAUCAAGGAAAUGGCUAAGCAUGUUGAGAACCCGAUUGUGUUCCCAUUGAGCAAUCCUACUAAGCUCCAUGAAGCCAAACCCCAGGAUAUCACUGAUUGGACAAAAGGGCAAGCUCUGAUAGCCACUGGAAGCCCAUUUCCUCCAGCAAAGUACAGCAAUGUUGAAAAGGAGAUUGCCUUCCCGGGGAUUGGUCUCGGAUCAAUCUUGUCUCGAACACGUCGGCUGUCAGUGAAGAUGGUGGUGGCUGCAUCCAAAGCAUUAGCAGCCAAGGCUCCUGCGCUCCAAGAUGCGACAAAGCCACUACUGCCUGACGUCGAAGACGUGCGAGAGAUAAGCGUGAAUGUUGCUAAGGCUGUUGUUCAACAAGCCGUGCAGGAAGGACUGGCUCAAGAACAGGGUAUUCCAGGCAAUGAGGACGAGCUGGAGGAAUGGAUCCGGGCGCAGAUGUGGGAACCCAAGUAUCGGUCCCUGAAGAAAAAGCCCGCUCCAAAGAUUCUCCUCCACAUGUUUGGGACCAAGAUCAUUAAUGAAAGCGCUGGUUUUGAGACAAUGAAACCCUUCACCAGCAGGCAAAAGGUAAGCCUCAAAGACCGGCUGUGCCAGGUCUCUUGGGGCUGGUUCUCCAUAUCCAUGGCUACCGGCGGUAUCGCCAUCCUCUUGAAAAAUACACCGCACAAGUUCCACGGCCUCGAUACAAUCGGCAAGAUCUUCUUCAUUCUAAACCUCGUCAUUUUCAUCACCGUUUUCUUGUGCUUGGGCCUUCGCUUCUGCACCAAGCCGUCAGCCCUGAGAGAAUCUUUUGACCAUCCCAACGAGAGCUAUUUUGCAGGAACGUGCCUGCUAGCAGUGGCGACAAUCAUCAUUGGAUCUGAAAUCUAUGGGACGGAUGCCUGUGGUCCCUGGCUGCAGGUUGCCUUGCGCAUCGUCUUCUGGAUAUACGCUGCUUGCUCCAUCCUGGAGGCUCUAUUCCACAACUGGUAUCUCUAUCACCGCAGUAUGGCUAGUCGGCAACCCUUUCCGAUUGUUCGACUAUUACCAUCUUUUCCUGCUAUGCUUGCCGGUACCAUCGCGUCGGUUAUUGCGUCUAAUCAGCCCCGAAACCAAGCAUUGCCUAUUAUUAUCUGUGGCGUCACGUUGCAGGGCUUCGGGUAUAUCGUUUCAUUUUUUAUCUACGCAGAGUACACAUUUUUCCUGAACAAGAAGGGUCUCCCAUCCCCUCCUGAGAGGCCGGAAAUGUUCAUUGCCGUCGGACCGUGGAGCUUCACUGCACUCGCACUGAUUGGGAUGGCGGAGGAGGCUAUAGAGAAGUUUCCUUCGCGAUAUAUCAUUUCUUACGCAGACCCUUCCUUCACUGGAGAUAGCUCUGUGACGGCUAGCACUAUCGUACUAGUCCUUGCCACGAUGGUAGCCAUUUUCCUGUGGACUAUGGCCUUUUUCCAUCUCUGCGUAGCCAUUAUAAGUCUUGUGGCAGCCUGUCGGGUCUUCGGGGGGCCUGGAAUGGCGGCCAUGUCGCUUACAUACUGGAGCAUGGUGUUUCCGAACACCGGUUUUGUGUUAGCAACAGUUAGAAUCGGACAGGUCUUGCAGUCUGAAGCAGUCCUAUGGGUGACAUCAGUUUUGACGGUCUUGCAGGUUGCCGUAUGGUUGACGGUAGCGGCGGCGACAAUAUGGGCAGUUGGAAGUCGUCGCAUGCUGUGGCCAGAGCACAUGGAGAAAGAAUAA